AGAAUCGGCGGUAGCAGCAGUUGCGAUCCGAACGUCGUGCGCGAGCUUUGUGUCGUUCCGUCCUUUACGCGCUUCGAUUUACGCGUCGCGUUGUACGUCGUACGACCGAUCGCGACGACAACGACGAGGAGUAAGAGACGAGGCUUCCUUUAACAAUUUUUAUUAGUUUUGUGCAUUUUUUAUUUCCGAACAUAAUCGACAUCGUCUUAGUACGCGUUUUCUAUUUAACGUUAUUUUCUUUAUGAAAACGAGUGACAGAGAGUAAGAAAAAGAAAAAGAAAAAACAGUGAACGUCGUUUGAGUGAUCCAGGUAGUGUUUUAUAAUAUUAUUCCCGAGUUGGAGCCGAGGCAAAGAAGCGUCAUGGCGUCUCCAUGACGACGAUCGCUGAUUCGGCGUUAUCGCGUUAUUAGUGGGCUAUAGUUCUUUUCAAUCGUUGAUACUCUUCGUCGAAGAAAAACCGCAAGACCGCUCAACACCUUCAACUGUUUUGGAAUAGAACAACGUCGAGGUACGAAACAGUGUGGGUGGGAGGGAAGCGACGCAAGGAAGGACAUUCUACGCUUAGUUUUUUGGGAUGACGAUCCGGGCAGCGAUGUCGAGGCUGGAGAGUUAUCGCUGAUCCUAAGGACGUAGGACCUUAGGCCGUAGGUCGUCGGAUUCGCUUCCACGAUGAGCGUAUCACUACGGAUUUUGGCGUUGAUCGGCUUAGCCGCGCAAAACGUGGCUUGGCCGCAGGAUCCCGUUCCCAGGCUUCACGUCAAGCAUCGCGAGGUGAUCGGACAACGGUUUCUAGGGAAUGAGAGCCACGUGGAACACUUCAAGUUGCUCGAGCGUGCGUCCACUUCCAUCUUGAUUGGCGCCAGAAAUGCCAUUUAUAACAUAAGUCUGCACGACCUCACGGAGAUCAUCGACCAGAGGUUCCAAUGGUCCAGCAGCGGUGCACACAGGGAGCUUUGUAACCUUAAGGGUAGAAGUGACGACGAGUGUCAGAAUUACUUGCGAGUCUUUGGUAGGCAGGGCCCGAAUAAGUUCCUCGUUUGCGGCACGAACGCUUACAAGCCGCUCUGCAGGCAAUUCACGAUCAAGGAUGGCGCGUACACGUUAAAGAGCGAGAUGGAAGCUCUAGGUCUCUGUCCUCACGAUCCAAGGCACAACAGUACGGCCGUCUUCGUUGAGGGACAGCUCUAUGCUGCGACGGUUGCGGACUUCACCGGAGGGGCACCUCUUAUCCUUAGGGAGAAGAUCCGAACGGAACGAUCCGAUUUGAAUCAAUUGAAUGGACCAAAUUUUGUCAGCUCGUUCGCCUACGAGGAUUACGUGUUCUUCUUCUAUCGGGAAACCGCGGUCGAGUACAUGAACUGUGGCAAGGCGGUCUACUCGCGGGUCGGUAGAGUCUGCCAGCACGACAAAGGCGGUCCUCAUGCGUUCAGCGACAGAUGGACGAGUUUCCUGAAAGCUAGACUCAACUGUUCGGUACCUGGCGAAUAUCCAUUCUAUUUCAACGAAAUACAAUCAACGAGUGACGUAACCGAAGGAUUUUACGCUGGUAAUCGUACACGAUUGGUAUAUGGUGUCUUCACAACUCCUGUAAAUUCCAUCGGUGGUUCAGCGAUUUGCGCCUUCUCCAUGAACAGUGUUCUCGAAGUCUUCCAGGGUGCGUUCAAGGAGCAAGAGACGAUAAAUAGCAAUUGGUUGAGAGUGCCAGCAGAAAGGGUACCUAAACCAAGACCCGGUGCUUGCGUUAACGACUCUAGGACACUUCCAGAUAUGACCGUGAAUUUUGUUAAGGCUCAUCCGCUCAUGGACGAUGCUGUCCAAUCCUAUUUCGCAAUGCCUGUGAUAACCAAAGUCAGUUUCAAUUACAGAUUUACCAAAGUCGCCGUAGAUUCUCAAGUGAAGGCGUUAGACGGCAAGGCCUACGAUAUACUUUACGUUGGAACAGACGACGGUCGCGUGCUGAAGGCAUUGAACACCCGUUCCCCGGAUUCUGUUACCGACGUUAAUCAGGUCAUUGUUAGCGACGUCCAAGUGCUGAAAUACGGACAAGCCGUGAAAGAUCUGUUAGUGGUACAUCUAGCAGGUGAAGCAAGUAAAUUGGUGGUCUUUGCCGAUUCGGAGAUACGUGCAGUGCCAUUACAUCAUUGUGAUUCACCAUUGGCAGGCAGUUGUGCGGCCUGCGUUGCUCUUCAAGAUCCACAUUGCGCUUGGGAUGCUACGACAAAUCUUUGCGUCGCAGUUCCAACAAAACUUCACGAUAGCGAUGCCGACAAAACGCUCUUCCAAGAUAUCCUUAUGGGAAAGCACAAAGGCUGUGGUUUCGAACAAGAAAUGGCGAAACCCGUGCAACCAGCCGUACCGCCCGAAAUCGGGCGCGGGGAGCAACCCGACGAACGAGACAAUGAAAUUGUCAUCGAACUGGAUCGAGAAAAUCAAUACGGUCGUACGCAACCAAGAGCUAACGAACCUCAAGGCGUCAUAGUGACACCAGUGGUAUACUCGGCACAAACAUUAACCGGUGCUCUAAUAGGAACCUGUCUUUUCUCAUUGGUCGCUGGUUUCGCAUCCGGUUUCUGGUUUUCCCAAAGACUACGUGGUACUCCUUACCCAGAACCAUCUGAACAACGUCAACAACUGAAUCGAUUAACGGAGAGCUCGGAAUCACCUGGUUUUAAUAACAAAUCCAUCAAUCUUGUUCUAAACGUACCACCGAAAAACCCAAACGGUAAAAACGCUAAUUCAUCGGCGGAGAAUAAGCCAGUGCAGAAGGUGAAGAAGACGUACAUAUGAUACAGAAGGCGACAAAGAGCCGUUUGAGGCUUAU